AUGAUCGUCAUCCAGUUCGCCAAUCCUGCUCCGUUGGGUCUAUCUGCUUUUGCGGCUACGACGUUUUUGCUAUCCUUAUUUAACCUUCAAAGUCGCGGGAUCACGACUCCCAACUUGAUCGUCGGUAUAGCUUUGAGCUAUGGUGGUCUAGUACAGUUGUUGGCUGGUAUGUGGGAAUUUGCGGCUGGUAAGUGUUGUCAAACGAUCAGAAGUGUAGGCGCCAGUAACAGGGAGGCCCAGAAAGUGCUUGCAACGGCGACAAAAUCAUCUCAGGUAAUACUUUUGGCGCCACUGCUUUCUCCUCAUACGGCGGGUUUUGGAUCAGGUAUUCUUUCCUCAUACACUGGACACGCCGCUGCUCAACUUGAUCAGGCACUUGGUUUAUAUCUUAUGACAUGGUUCAUAUUUACAUUUAUCUUACUCGUCGCCUCUCUGCGCUCCUCGGUAGCACUUGUGGCACUGUUUUUCUGCCUUGAUGUUACUUUCCUUUUACUUGGUUUUUAUCCUACCGUAACCAUCUUCACCAAAAUCGGUGCAAUCUUUGGACUCGUCACUUCUGGUAUCGGGUGGUAUAGUGCAGCUGCCAGCUUACUCACAUCGGAGACCAGCUACUUUUCUUUACCGAUCAUUGAUUUGAGCCUCCAAAGGGACUAA